AUGUUGAACACGACAGUCCGGCAACUGGUAGUCCCGGAGGUGCCUGCGGUCAAGAAGUUCAUCCUGCGCCGUCAAUCCCGCCGUCAAUUUCGCCCCUGGACACUGAAGGCAUUGCUGGCGAAGUUUCCUCAACUUAGGAGUUUCGUAUGGGAAUCAUCACGCCUUCAUUGGGGGAACUGCCAUCCCCUACCUCAUGGUAAGCAGAGUUGGCCAAGGACAAAAGGCUACGAAACUUACGGCGAAGGUGCUGCAGCUGUAUUAUCGCCAUUUAGCUGGCGUCUAAUAGAGUUUGUAUCUUCUUUCGGUACUGGAUUACCACCGAAGCUCAAGGACUUACUUAUUUUCGAAGACUGCAACGUCGCAUUUGCCUAUGGUGCUGGCCGGCCAUACCCCCCCGAUCAUAUUUGUCUCAUGGCAGAUCCUGGAGUUGCCGCAGCACUCGCACGCGGAAGUUUCGGACUUACACGGCUUCAUGUCCCAUACAUGAUCGAUGCCUGGGACUUCUUCAAGGCCUACCAGAAAGGCUGUGCAUGGCAGCACUUAGAAUCGAUAAGUCUGACUUCCGCCUUGCUUGCUCCCUAUUCGAGCAACGAUAAGAUCAGUGAACUUCUAUGCACGGCUAGCGAGGUUGCCCUUGGUAUGCCGAAGCUGCAGUCGUUUGCAUUAUAG